UUAAACGGAAGCAAAUGGAAUGGAACGGGGCGCGACCUACAUUGAAUUUGUCCAAUAUAAAAUAUCGGGUUUGUUGCAAAAAGAAACUGUUUGCAACCGUUUGGACUAAUUAUUACCCUGGACUGGAAAAUACUGGGGACGCGCCUCAACAAGCAAGUGUUCACAAUCCGUCAAAAUCUCAGAUGCAAAACUGGGCAAGCUACGAUUUAUAACACGGUACAACAUGAGGUUGCAUUGACCCUGAUAGUACUACCCCAGUAGCCUAGCACGAGGUGAAGGCUGGGUCACAGUGGUCAGUAACCCAGCUAGAAGGCUUGGCUCCAGGCUAGCCAGCCAGUCAGCAGAGGGAGGGUUGCCUUGCCACGGAACGGCCUGGUGAGCUGCGGAGACUAGCAGCGGCGGGGGGGGGUUGUGAUGAGUGGGAAGAGCCUGCUGUUAAAGGUGAUCCUGCUGGGGGACGGUGGCGUGGGGAAGUCUUCCUUAAUGAACCGCUACGUCACGGACCGCUUCGACGCCCAGUCCUUCCACACCAUCGGGGUGGAGUUCCUCAACAGAGACCUGGAGGUGGACGGGCGCCUGGUGACCCUUCAGAUCUGGGACACGGCGGGUCAGGAGCGCUUCAAGUCCCUGAGGACGCCGUUCUACCGUGGCGCCGACUGCUGCCUCCUCACCUUCGCUGUAGACGACCUGCACAGCUUCCAGAACCUGGCCAGCUGGAAGAAAGAGUUCAUGUGUUACUCUGACGUACGAGACCCAGAGAGGUUCCCCUUCGUUGUCCUGGGCAACAAGGUGGACAAGGAGGAGGGGAAGGAGGUGGGGGAGGACGAGGCUCGGGCCUGGUGCGAGGAGAACGGCUGUUGUCCCUACUUCGAGACCAGUGCCAAGGACGAUACUAACGUGGGAGUGGCAUUCGAGGCAGCGGUACGGGAGGUUCUGGCGGCGGAGGAUCAGAUCGACCACACGCUGUUGAGUAGCACUAUCGAUCUCCACGGCAACCGCUUUCUAGGUCUGUCUGAAUCAGAAGUGUUAUGUCUACGUGUGAGAGUUGCAGGAGACGCCUGUUUUAAUUUCAUCCCUUACCUACUACGGGGUGACCUAUGCUGGCCUGCCCUCACUGGAUUUGAACGAUGAAGCCAAAUUCAAAGGAACAUUUUGAGGACCUUAUUUGAAGGAAAAUAGCAUUACUGAUGUUUAUACAAUACUUCUGAUGCCUGAAGCCACAGUUGACACUUCAGUUGUCUGUUUCCAGUAUUUCACCUAGUCGUCACCAUGGUACCGUUGCUAUGCCUACCGCAUUACUACUACAAUACAUCGUUAUUAUUUUUGCGUGCAUGUGAAAUUCACUGAUUCAACUUACAUGUCUUAGUCUUUUUAAAGUUAUGUUUGUGUGCGGUACCAAUCUACAGGAAGUCAUCUGCCUCUCGAUUCAAAUGAAAUGCCUGUCUGGUACAGCAGAGGGGUCCACUGUGAAAGAACCAGCCGUUCACUGAAACUUCAGCACUGUUAUGUUCACGCUGACGUCGCGGUACACCUGUAUCUAUUGAAGAUGUUGAUUGUCAAUUUACUCAACCUGUGGUAUUCAGAAAAACAGUACAACAAGUACAGUUGGAAUGUUCUGUAACAAAGUGUUAACAGAUGAAAAAACGACAUGUAUUUUACCCAAUAGAAAGAGGGCUGGACGUCUGUUACGAGACAUCACAUUCCACUGCUGUGUCAACAAAUUCCCUGUCAAACUCUUAACAUACAGUUCUCAUGGCCUCCUCACCAUCUAGUCUGGUCUCACUCCCACUAACCAAUGUUGAUGACCUGUUUUUAAUCUAUAUGUUGAAUAAGACAUGUACACAGUAAUGUUUAUUUGCUUGCCACAGUGCACCAAGACAUGGCUACACGUACAUUGUAAAAGGGCAUUUGUUUCAUUCCUGAAAUAACUGUACAAUCAAUGAAAUCCUCAAUACUACUGUACGAACUGACUAAAAUAUCAUUUAACCUCAGCUAAGUGUUUGUUAGCCUGCUUUGAGCUGAGUAAGAGGUGUAUAACUGACUAUCAUAGAGUUGAUGUAGGAAUAUAACUGUAUAUCUGCUGAUUUGCUUGUAAUGCCAAUAUCAAACCUUCCUUAACCUCUUCAUUGCCCUAUGGAGGUUAAGACUGUCCCUUUACAGUCCUGCGUCCCAAAUGGCACCCUAUUAAUACCGUAAAUAGUGCACAACUCUUUAUCAGAGCCCUAUAGCCCCUGGUUAAAAUGAUGGCACUAUAUACAGAAUCAGCCCUAUGGCCCCUGGUUAAAAUGGCACUAUAUAGGGAAUCGGCCCUAUGGCCCCUGGUUAAAAUGAGGGCACUAUGUAGGGAAUCAGCCCUAUGGCCCCUGGUUAAAAUGAUGGCACUAUAUAGGGAAUCAGCCCUAUGGCCCCUGGUUAAAAUGAGAGCACUAUAUAGGGAAUCAGCCCUAUGGCCCCUGGUUAAAAUGAGGGCACUAUAUAGGGAAUCAGCCCUAUGGCCCCUGGUUAAAAUGAGGGCACUAUAUAGGGAAUAGGUUGCCAUAUGGGAUGCAGAAAGACUGAUGUAGGUGUGAAUACUAUCCAAUAAUGUACGACAACUAAUAAAACCAAAAACAUGCAACAUA